UGACCUCCGUGACCCCAGACCCCCAGACCUCAGGCCCAACAACCUCGCGGUUCUGGGACCCCGCUCUCUAGGGCCUGGCUGUUGCCGCCUAGAAGCUAGGCGCAAGAUUGACAGGCUGCACAGCCAAUGGAGUCUCGCGUGGUAGACCUGGUGUCCAAUCAGAGAGCAGCUACGGACUCAGGGCUAGGAUCUACCCCCUGACGCUCAAGGACCGCGGGGCCGGGAGGUGGAGAGCAUCAACGUCAGCUGAUAGGGUCCGAGCACCAGGAGUGCGCGCGCCGGCAGUGGCGGUGAGCCUGGUGUGCUGCAGCCGAGGAGCAUCAUGGAGGAGCAUCCUCAGGAGGCUGAGAAAGACAGUAAGGGACAGGUUGAGGAUGCCUGGAGACGUGGAAUUUCACCUCUGCCUGAACACAUGGAAAAGGACAGCCUUCCUCCAUGUCGAUGGAUCUGCACAGAGACAGCCCCUUACAGGUGGAGAUCUCUGACGCAGUAAGUGAGAGGGGCAAAGUGAAGUUCACAGUGCAAACCAAGAGCCGCCUCCCUCACUUUGCCCAGCCUGAGUUCUCAGUGGUGCGGCAGCAUGAGGAGUUCAUCUGGCUACAUGACACCUACUUGGAAAACGAGGAGUAUGCUGGCCUCAUUAUCCCCCCAGCCCCUCCCAGGCCAGACUUCAAGGCUUCAAGGGAAAAGCUACAGAAGUUGGGUGAGGGAGACAACUCCAUCACCCGGGAAGAGUUUGCCAAGAUGAAGCAGGAGUUGGAAACGGAGUACCUGGCUAUCUUCAAAAAGACUGUGGCUAUGCAUGAAGUUUUCCUGCAGCGCCUGGCAGCCCAUCCCACCCUGCGUCAAGACCACAACUUCUUUGUCUUUUUGGAAUACAGUCAGGAUCUGAGUGUCCGAGGGAAGAACAGGAAGGAGCUCCUGGGGGGGUUUCUGAAGAACAUCGCGAGGUCUGCAGAUGAAGUCCUCAUCACUGGCAUAUCAGGGCUCAAGGAGGUAGAUGACUUCUUUGAGCACGAGAGGACCUUCCUACUAGAAUACCACACCCACAUCCGAGAUGCCUGUCUGAGAGCGGACCGUGUCAUGCACUCUCACAAGUGUCUGGCAGAUGACUAUAUCCCCAUCUCUGCAGCAUUGAGCAGUCUUGGAACCCAGGAAGUCAACCAUCUAAAGAUGAGCUUCCUGAAAUUGGCAGAGCUCUUUGAACGACUUCGGAAGCUGGAGGGCCGGGUGGCGUCUGAUGAGGACCUGAAGCUGUCCGACAUGCUGAGGUACUACAUGCGAGACUCACAGGCAGCCAAGGACCUACUAUACCGGAGACUGCGGGCACUGGCCAACUAUGAGAAUGCCAACAAGGCACUGGACAAGGCUCGCACAAAGAACCGGGAAGUGCAACCAGCCGAGAGCUACCAACAGCUGUGCUGCCAGCACUUUGAGCGGCUCUCUGACUCUGCCAAGCAGGGUGAGUCCCGAAGCCUGGCACACAAUGGGCUGCCUACCCUGCCUCUCUUCAUCCCUUUACCUUCUCCCCAGAGCUCAUGGACUUCAAGUCCCGCCGGGUCUCCUCCUUCCGUAAGAACCUCAUUGAGUUGGCAGAGCUGGAGCUCAAACACGCCAAGGCCAGCACUCUGCUUCUCCGGAACACCCUUGUGGCCCUAAAGGGAGAGCCUCAGUGCAACCUGGGACCUUAGUGCAGCUGUCCUACCCCACCUCCAGCCCUCUCUUCUCCUGCAAGUUACUUCCCUUCCCUACCCAAUAGCCACACCCUCAAGCUUAUCGUCCUGGGAAAAGUAGACCCUAAGGUACCUGGCCUUGCAAGACAGGGCAACAUGGGAACCCUGCUUGGUCACAGGUAAGCAGAGUCCCAGGGACCCUGCCUCCCCUCUUCCCGCCCCAAGCAGGCUGUCAGCCUCCAACAGCACCCUACCUCUGGCCUUUGAAGAACAGUUCAUUGGCUCCCUACUUGAACCUGUGUUUCACAAAUAAAGAGCCUGGUUUUAUAUCCA